UCAUAUUUCAUCGACUCCACAACUACGUCAGAUACACAGAACACUCUUGUAUCUUGUUUAAAAACGUCCAUCGCGUACCCCAACAACAUUCAAAACAUCCAGGUAGAAGUAUCGGACACGUCGUUUUUCAAGCUCUGUUCUACGUUGCUUGUGAGCGAUACGAACAGCCUAGACAUUUAGUAUCUGGCCACUGGAAUCGGUCACACGACCACACGUCAGCGGCGUCGUUAAGGAGAUUCACAGUAUUCAAGGGUGGAGAAGGGAACACCGCGGAAAUGUCAUUUCCCAACGACUUUCCAUCUGUGGCCAAUACACCCAUCGUCGCUGCUCAUAACCAACCUGUCCCACCGGCAUUGUCAUUGGAGCCAGAGAAGACGGAUGGAGGUCUGGCACAGGGGAAAUUCACAGAUGAUCAUCCAUUGUUUCAUGAACUCGCCCCGGAGGAUUCGUUCGAGAAGGGAGUGUAUUGGGCAGAUCUUCCUUUCGCACAACGUCAUAAAUGGGUCAACACUCAAUCAAACGCUGAAGCUAAACGCGAGGUGAAACAUGUUUGGUCAAUGUUUAAAGAAGAUCCAUUAUCACCUAUCAGAGCAUAUUCUAGACGUUAUGUCAUCGGAGGCUUUGGGUUGUUCACCGAGGGAUAUACCCUCUUCUCAAUAGGAAAUCUCACCGCUCUGUAUUCCGCCGUUUGGCCAACAUGUUGGAAAACAUACAAAGUUUGCAAUUCCAACACCGUAGCAGCUGUCACAUACCUUCAGAUCAUCGGUAUAAUAAUCGGACAGAUCGCAGUGGGUUUCGAAGGUGAUUGGAUAGGUAGGAGAUUUGGUUUAGUUCAAGAUGCUUUGAUUAUGACUCUCGGUCUUGUCAUGCUCACUGCCUCAUGGGGUACCUCCCUAGAAGGUUGGGUAGUAUGUUACGGUGUAUCUCAAUUGGUUUAUGGGAUAGGUGUAGGAGGUGAAUAUCCAAUGACUUCAACUACAGCUAUGGAGAGCAAAUCCGUUGCUGGUAGUCAGACGGAUGAUAAGUUACAUAGAGGUAGGAAUGUCGUGUUGGCUUUUCUUAUGCAAGGUUGGGGUCAACUAUUCAACCAAGGUCUCUUGAUCGUUCUUUUACUCAUCUUCCACGGUCGGGGAGGUCCUCCUUAUGGUACCGUAUCGACUCAAUGGACGUUUAGAAUUUCUUUCGCCAUUAUGGCGGUCAUGACUCUUUGGCUAGCCUACUAUCGAUACUACAAAAAAGUUUAUUCCUCCCACGCCCUUCUCCGAUCCAAGAAGAACGCUCGUGUGAAUCAAUCAGGCUACGACGUCCAUUCCCUCAAAUUAGUCUUCUCACAUUUUUCAGGUCGACUAGUAGGGACUACCAUGGGUUGGUUCUGUAACGAUUUCUUAUUCUACGGAAACAAGUUAUUCGCAAGUAGUUUCAUCAAGAUUAUUUCUCCUGAUUCGGCCGACGACGUGGUGACCAGUUGGUUAUGGAACCUUCUUAACGUGGGUGUAGAAAUGUUAGGAUAUUAUCUUGCAGCUUUAAUGAUCGACCAUAAGUUUUACGGUAGAAAACGAAUGCAAAGCACUGGUUUUUUGGCGGACGCUAUUUUGUUUCUCAUACCUGCUAUUUGGUAUAAUCAAUUACAAACGAAGACACAUGUGAAAGGAUUUCAAGCUAUUUACUUUUUGUCAAGUUUCUUCCAACAAUUUGGACCCAACUGCACAACCUUCCUCCUCGCCGCUGAAGUGUUCCCCAUCUCCGUCCGAGCCACAGCCCACGGUCUUUCCGCAGCAUCCGGCAAAGUCGGCGCUCUAGUCCCUGCAAUCGUAUACAACUACGUCGAUUCCCGAGCCCGAUUUUGGAUAGUAUGUUGGUUCGGUUUUGCAGGUUGGAUCCUAACUCAAUUAUUCAUCCCCGAUACUACAGGAUUGGAUUUACGUGAACAAGAUCGUUAUUGGGAAUACGUUCGUGAAGGUCGAGCUAAAGAUUAUCAUGGUAUCGCAGUUCAUCCGAGACAUUUGAGUUGGUAUGAACGUUUGAUUUUGAAACGUCAUUUAGCAUAUGAUAUAGAAUGGGAUAGAAGAGAAAGGGUAAAAGAGAUGAGGUUGGCUUGGGAAGCUAAACAAGCUAUCAAAAUAGAAGAGAAUCCAGGAAGGAAUUUAGAUGAUGAUGAUGAUGACGAUGAUGAUGAGUUUAGUCCAAAGACGAUGGGUUAUUUUAAUCACGAAAAGAAGAUGGCUCGUGCAAAAGUAGCUAAUGGUGAAACUGCCAAUGGAGAAGGACCACCGUAUAAAUCCCGUCUAUCAGAAUUAGAACAAAGAGAAUAACAAUAAACUUUGAAUCAUUAGAAAUAAUCAUAGGAUUAAUGUAAGCAUGUAUGAGGUGUUACAAGACUUU